CUGAUAUCGAUUCGUCAAUUCAUGAAUUUCACGAGCCGCAUUCAAGCGUGUAUUAAUAUCGCGCAGCAAAAGGAGAAACUCGAUGCUUUUCGAAGCGUGCUCAACGAUGUGCUGACGGGGUUGCCUGCGGGAAUGCAACAAAUGCAGCAUUUGCAAGAAUACAUUGACACGAUUCUGGAUGAACAAGUGGGACUCGUUGUAGCGCGUCAGUUGUUGGCAGAAUUCAUCACUUUAUUCGACACUCGCAUUACCGAUCGCUCCAUGCAAAAGCAAAUCCUUUCCUUUGCCAUUGAUCGUGCCCAAACACGUGCCGUCAGCUUUGAAGAGCCCCUUUCCCAAUUGAGGGAAAAACUAGCCACCAUUUACGAAGAAGAAGAAGAGUUUCUGGAAGCGGCCAGGAUAUUACAGGGUAUUCCUUUGGAUUCGGGACACAGAGCCAUUACCGAUGAUUACAAACUGCGGAUAUAUAUUCGAAUUGUACGGCUGUUGUUGGAAGUCGACGAAGCGGUGGCAGCUGAAUCCUAUCUAAAUCGAGCCGCCUUAUUGAUGACCAACGAUGCUGACUUUGUGCUGACCCUCAUGUUCAAACUGUCACAAGCGCGGAUCUUGGAUGCGAAACGGCGAUUCAUUGAAGCAUGCUCAAAAUACCAUGAAUUAAGUUAUGUAACGCAGCUGGACGAAGAGGAGCGCAUCCAGUGUCUUACUGCCGCUGUUCAAUGUGCUAUCCUCGCUGGUGCCGGUCCUCAGCGAUCCCGUAGUCUGGCCACAUUAUACAAAGACGAACGGACUCAUCACCUUGCGUCAUUCUCCAUGUUGGAGAAAACAUACUUGGAUCGUGUGAUUCGACACAACGAAGUGACCGAAUUUGCCGCCACACUGAAACCCCAUCAUCUGGCCCGGCUAAGCGAUGAUACCACCGUGUUCGAUCGAGCGAUUAUCGAGCAUAAUCUUUUAUCAGCGUCCAAAAUAUAUAAUAGCAUUACGUUUGAUGGUCUUGCUGCGCUUUUGAACGUGACGAGUGAGCAAGCGGAACGUUAUGCUUCUCACAUGAUUGGAGAGAACCGAAUGAUUGGCAGCAUCGAUCAGCUCGAUAAACUUAUUUGUUUUGAAUCGGGUGGAGCAGCGUACGAGUUGGAGAGCGAGACUAACAUGAUCAGCGCCGCCGCGGCUGCUGCCAACGGCACACCGCAGCAAAGUCAACGUGUGGAACAAUCCAUGCUGGAAAUCAUGAAAUGGGACACGGGGAUCCAAACGCUGUGUCAUGAUAUUGACGCCAUCAUUGGACUGAUCCAAGAAAAAUAUCCCGAUUACGAGCUUGGCAAUUUCCGUACAGUAGCAUAA